UCGGCAAAGGAGUUGUCUUUUUUUCCUCGCGGUGCGUGCGUCCAUCCCACCUUCAGUGCGUCAGUCUGUAGGAAUCGUCGGUGCUAAAAUAGCGUUUAUAGUUGGGAUCUUGCCGGCUGCAUGUGUAGAAAAGUAUGCCGUCCGGUGUGUGAGAUGCUUAGUUCGCGGUAAAGUUUUUAAAAGAACACAGUGACUUCAGCAAUAGCUGAUAAUUUGUAUGAACGGGCGAAUAGAAAUAUCUGUAAGCGUAUAUUAAAACGUUUAAUAUCAGCGUACGUGUUAUAUACCUUUUCUCGUUGGUCUGAAGUACGUUGUUAUAAUGCUGUGUGUGUGUGUGCAGCGUUCUGCAGGUGUAAGGAGUGGUUUCAGUGUCCUGUGCAAAAUGGAUAAUGGUUUCUUUAAUUUGCGCCGCUGUGAGUGAGAUUGUGAGGUUCGGCAUAUCCACUCCUUCAACCGGAUCCCACUAGUAUUGAUUAUGCUUCUACGUGCUUUUAACGGCUCGUAUACGUUGCAUUACCACUUGCUAUUGUUUGAUUUGCCGUAGGAAUGCAAUGUGUAAUGAUAUUGGCCUAUACUGAGCCAUCCCUAACAUACUAAAGCAUAUAGGCGUGACUUUUAUAAUGAUUCUUACACCCUACAGAUCACGCAUGAGGUGUUAUCUUUUUCAAGAUCAAUAAGUGUUUUUGAAAGGGUUGUGUUCUUAAGGAAAAUAAGAGCUUGAUGGUGUGUGGAGAAAUUAUUUUUUUUUUGUAACUGGCAGGAGGUUGCUGCAGUAUGCAUGAAUUUUGUAAUGUGACCAUAUAAAUAAUGAUAGGUUCUCUUUAAUUGGUAAUGCUAGAAUUAUAUUCAGAACUGAUUCCAACAAUGUGCAGUAAAAUCAAAACCUGUCGUACUUUGACGAGUUUGGUUCCAAUUGUUUACGUUUGAAGUCAUCUUUAGACCACGUACAAUGGCAACAUUUUGAUCAUAAGUAUUUUAUCACCGAUUAAAGACAAUAUUUAUCACUUGAACCCUUUAGAACAACCUCUAAGACCUAUAUAACUGUUUUCUGUUUACAUUUGUGGUGUUAUUAAGAUCAAUAUUGGACAGUGCACCGUGUAGGAAGGAACCUAGAUAAUUACUCAGAAAAUUGUACGUUUUAUUUGGUGCCUAGACUUUGGGUGAUAUUCCCGGUAAACUGUAUCAUUCUGUGAACUACUUUACUUGAAGGAUACGUGUGAGUACAAAUAACUUCACUGUGGCGAGUGAAGAAUGCCUAUUAUUGGAAUCCGUAAUAGAGGUCAAGUAUGUUUAACAGUCUUCUUAUGUGUUACGUCACUCCAGCGUAGGAACUGUCAUAUAGCAUGUCUGUAAAUCACAUCUGACAAGAUGCGGUCGUGAUGAUGUUUUUUCCUGCUUGUUUUAAAUUUUAAUUCCGAAUUUCCAAAUACUCAUUUUCAAUAGGCGUCAUUGUAUAUGAGGAAAAUUGGCCACAGAAAUUGUGACCUCAUUACAAGACCGGUCGCUGUUCUGCCAGCCUUGUGACGUGUCAUGGCAGCAAUUUGUGUUUGUUACGUGCAGGCGUAAAACAAGAUUUUAUUUUGGAGAUACUUUAUUGUUUGAUUACACGAUGUUCAAAAAAAUAGUACACAGUGCGUCACAGUGAACGAAACUUCCCAUCAAAUCUGAAGUGAUAUAAUUUAUAUCAACCGUAACUACGUCAGCGAGUGCCAUGUUUUCUUAGCAGUCAUGAAAAUAUGUAUAUGACGAUGACUCUGAUAGAUUUAGACGCUCUAUGCAAAAAGCACGGCAGACGACGAUGUGGCCAAUUCUGUCCAUCUGUUCACAAGUUGAGGCAGCUGCCAGCUUUCACUUCCCGUGAACAGUCAUGAAACGAUUAUAUUCAAAGGUAUUUAGAGACAAACAGACGAGAUAGUUGAGCUUCGUUUCGUAAUUCGGUCCAGUACGUUCUCCAUCAUGCAGCAUUAACGGAUAUUUAAUAUGGAUUUUUUUUUAUCUUAGAUGUGAAUUUGUAGUCGGAAAUCUUUCUUCGAAGAUAACGUCGUAGUAUUUGGCCAAGUUGUGUGUGUGUUCUCGUUGAGCGAUUUGUAGUGCAGGUUGCAUCCAUGUCCGCUCUCCUAAGGGACGAGUGAAGUGUCCUAUUAGAAAUGAAGAAAGUGGAAGAUUCUUUGGAGCUGGAAGUGUUUGAAAUCAAGGAUAGUAACGGUGGAAUCGAAAUGCCGGAAGUUCCAGACUUAGGGGAAGACGACGAUGAUGACGACGAAAUGGGCGGGGCAUGUGCCCGCGGUCGUAAAAGGAGAAAGAAGAAACGUCGAAAAUGUAAAAGGAGCCCUUCUGUGACAGCUGCAGUGACCCUGGCAGAACCAGAAUGUGACGAUGUCGACGGCGACCAUAUGCAAGACCCGGAAGGACCCGGUGAUGGCCGUGGCUCAAGAAGAACGUCGGAGAGCACUCCCGGAAGUCGCAGGCCUACAAGUCUACGCGAAUCUCUUUUUUCCGUUCUCGGCAAACUUGUGGUUUGGCGUCGAGGAACCGCGAGGUACAGGAACGGCUGUAAUGGCGGCAGCGCUCAGAAUAUGGACUACCUCAGAGGCUUUGUUUCGACCGAUACGGAUAGGCGAAUCCGGGCCAAUGACCGUACUUACAACUCACAGUUUAACUACGCGAACAACUACAUCAAGACGUCAAAAUAUAGUGUGGUGACGUUCCUGCCGCUGAAUCUGUUCGAACAGUUCCAGCGCCUCGCCAACUUCUACUUCCUGUGCCUGUUGGUACUGCAGGUGAUUCCAGCCAUCAGCUCGCUAACCCCAAUCACCACUGCUGUGCCUCUCAUCGGCGUCCUAGCACUCACCGCGGUGAAGGAUGCCUACGACGACUUUCAACGUCACAUGAGUGACUCUCAAGUGAACAACCGCCGGUCUAAGGCUUUACGAGAUGGAAAGCUUGUGGAAGAGAAGUGGUCGGAGGUGCAAGUGGGCGACGUCAUACGGAUGGAGAACGACCAGUUUGUGGCAGCCGACGUGUUGCUAAUUUCCACUAGUGAACCCAAUGGGCUCUGUUUCAUUGAGACAGCAGAGUUAGAUGGGGAGACAAAUUUGAAAUGCCGUCAGUGCCUCGUGGAGACAGCAGAAAUGAGUCAGGAUGACUCAUUAUUAGGGGCCUUCAAUGGGGAGAUUGUUUGUGAAAUGCCAAAUAAUCUUUUAAAUAAGUUUGAAGGAACUUUGGAUUGGAAAGGAAAGAGGUUCUCACUGGAUAACGACAAGGUAGUUCUGCGUGGCUGUAUCCUACGGAACACGCAGUGGUGCUACGGUGUCGUCAUCUUCGCCGGAAAGGACACUAAACUCAUGCAGAAUUCGGGCAAGACGAAGUUCAAGCGCACAAGCAUCGAUAGAUUGUUGAAUUUCAUAAUUAUAGGGAUUGUGUUCUUCCUGCUGUCCAUGUGCCUGUUCUGUAUGAUAGCGUGCGGGAUUUGGGAGACCAUUACGGGCGUGAAUUUUCAGGAGUACCUGCCCUGGGAUUCGCUUGUCCCCACAGAGCCGCUCAGUGGCGCUACUAUCAUUGCACUACUCGUCUUCUUCUCAUAUGCCAUAGUGCUCAACACCGUAGUGCCUAUAUCUCUCUAUGUCAGUGUGGAAGUUAUUAGAUUUGCACAGAGUUUUCUUAUUAACUGGGAUGAGAAGAUGCACUACGAAAAGACCAACACGUCGGCCAAAGCGCGAACAACCACCCUCAAUGAGGAACUGGGUCAAAUUGAGUACAUCUUUUCUGAUAAGACCGGAACUCUAACGCAGAAUAUAAUGACGUUCAAUAAGUGUUCCAUCGCAGGUAAAUGUUACGGCGAUCUCAUAGAUGAAGCGACAAAUGAAGUGUUGGAGAUAACUGAGGACCUCACCGACCUCACCAUGCCCUCAGUUCGGUUGACUCCCCUCUUGAGUUUCUACUCGAUCCGAUCGCUGAAUACACCACCACUGGACUUCUCCUGGAAUGAGAACUUUGAGCCUGAGUUUCGUUUCUACGAUUCUUCUCUGUUGGCUGCAGUUCAGGGGAACAACCAUGAUGUCCACAGCUUCUUUCGUGUGCUAGCAUUGUGCCACACUGUCAUGCCUGGGGAGAAAAAUGGUAAAUUGGAGUACCAAGCUCAGUCACCAGAUGAAGCAGCAUUAGUUUCGGCUGCACGAAACUUUGGUUUUGUGUUUAAGGAACGUAGUCCUAACAGUAUCACAAUUCAGGUUAUGGGAAAACGAGAAGUAUAUGAAUUAUUAUGCAUUCUGGAUUUCAACAAUGUGCGGAAACGAAUGUCGGUAAUUCUGAGAAGGAACGGGCGAUUACGACUGUACUGUAAAGGAGCUGACAAUGUUGUCUAUGAAAGACUUAGAGCUGAUAGUUGUGAAAUCAAAGUGAAAACUCAGGAACACUUGAAUAAAUUUGCAGGCGAAGGCUUGCGUACAUUGUGCCUGGCAGUGCGUGACCUGGAUGAUGUGUUUUUUAAUGACUGGAAACAUCGACACCAGGAAGCAGCACUGUCUCUGGAUAGUCGUGACGAUAAGCUUGACGCUAUUUAUGAGGAGAUUGAACGAGAUAUGACGUUGAUUGGUGUGACUGCAAUUGAAGACAAAUUGCAGGAUGGAGUACCUCAAACAAUAGCAAACCUUGCAUUGGCUGGGAUUAAAAUCUGGGUGUUAACGGGUGAUAAGCAAGAAACGGCUAUCAACAUUGGCUAUUCUUGUCAACUCAUAACUGAUGAGAUGGCAGAUAUCUUCAUAGUUGAUGGACACACGUAUGAUGACGUGGAAACGCAGCUAUCAAAGUUUCGGGAGUCCGUGCGCAGUGCCGGCUUAGGGCAUGGAGGUGCCCCGACAGGAGCUGCCGCGUCGGCACCGACUUCUGUCAGCAUCGUCACUUUCAGGUGGGACCAGCACAGUGAGUCUGAAUACCAACGUGGCCUCACUGUAGAAGAAUCGGAUACCAGUGGAGGAUUUUCCAUUGUCAUUAAUGGUCACUCUCUUGUCCAUGCGUUACACCCCCAGAUGGAGAAGCUGUUCCUUGAAGUGUCUAGCCAGUGCAAGUCUGUGAUCUGCUGUCGAGUAACCCCAUUACAGAAAGCGAUGGUGGUUGAACUGAUUAAGAAGAGCAAGAAGGCAGUGACGUUAGCUAUUGGAGAUGGGGCUAAUGAUGUUUCCAUGAUCAAAGCAGCACACAUAGGAGUGGGUGUCAGUGGACAGGAAGGCAUGCAAGCUGUCCUAGCAUCAGAUUAUUCCAUAGCCCAAUUCCGAUUUCUGGAGCGCCUGCUGCUGGUACAUGGCCGCUGGUCGUAUUAUCGAAUGUGCAAGUUCCUGCGAUAUUUUUUCUACAAGAACUUUGCCUUCACCCUCUGCCACUUCUGGUUUGCUUUCUUCUGUGGUUUUAGUGCUCAGACAGUAUUUGAUCCCAUGUUUAUAUCUGUGUACAACCUGUUCUACACGUCAUUACCGGUGCUGGCACUAGGUAUUUUUGACCAGGAUGUGAGUGACCGGUACAGUUUAUGUUACCCUAAAUUGUACACACCAGGUCAUUGUAACCUUUUGUUCAACAAGAGGGAGUUUCUGCGCAGUGCGCUACAUGGUUUCUUCACAUCUUGUGUCCUGUUCCUCAUACCAUAUGGUACAUACAAAGAUGGACUGUCGCCCGCAGGUCACGUACUAUCAGAUCACAUGUUGCUGGGUAGUGUGGUUGCUACGAUACUGGUUAUUGUUGUCACAGCACAGAUUGCGUUGGAUACCUCAUACUGGACAUUAUUCAAUCACAUCAUGAUUUGGGGUUCCUUAAUCUGGUACUUUGUGCUCCAGUAUUUCUACAAUUAUGUCAUAGGUGGCCGCUAUGUUGGCUCUCUCAGCAAGGCAAUGACUGAGGCAACAUUCUGGUUCACAACUGUGAUAACAGUUAUCAUUUUAAUGAUACCAGUCUUGGCCUGGAGGUUUUACUUCGUAGAUGUUUUUUUUGACAGGGUCCGCCUCAAGCAGAGGUUAGCUCAACUCAGGUCUCGGCAGUCACAGGAUGUCUUGCGCACACCAUCAGCAAGGCGAACCAGACGCUCGAUACGCUCUGGCUACGCCUUUGCACACCAGGAAGGUUUUGGACGUCUCAUCACAUCUGGUAAACUCAUGCGCAAAUUGCCACGUCCCAAUGGUGGUGACUUCUUUUUCCCCUCUUUCAACAGUCAUGCAAGUGGACCCUCUAAUAGCGGGCACAUGACGACCACGUUGGAUAUCGGCAUGAACUGAGGUUAGGCCGUAUCUUAACGCUGAAGGCAUGCCUUGAUCCGGCUGAAGCCAAAUUAUGGGGAAGGAGUCUGUGAGGCAGUGAGUGAACUGUGUGAUUUCAUACAGCUGUAUUUGUGCUCUGCCACCCAUUAAUAGAGAAAAGUACUUCUGUUGAAGUUUUAUGCACAUUUCUUCCCACACUGCAGUAGAGAAGAAUAUUGUGACGGUACUGUUCAGCUUUUAAUUAUGCCCGACACAUGUAAAAUAUUCGGAAAAGAAUUAAUGCCAUAUAUAUCAUCACAACUAAAUAAUACCACAAACACAAAUAUUAUUGAUACCUUGUGAUAUUCAAUUUAACUACAGCUGUUUUGGAUGUAUACAAAAAAUAUUCUUAACAUGAAAACAGCACAAAAUAGUCAUGUGUAUAUACUGUAAUGAAUUACAAAUACAUUCUUUUUCUAAGUAUUUGAUCAACUCUUUUUACAACAUUGUCACAUAAUAGUUCAUGGUGCAUUAAAGUAAACCCUGAUGAUUCAGAGGGAAAGAUUAAAAAUAUCAAAUGCUACGUAACUUUGAUAAAUCAUUAAGUUUUUGUUGGCAUUGAUACCAGCUCCAUAACCCUACCUGGCAAUGGCCUUUCCUCCAUUUUUGUUAUAAUACCUAAAGCUUGGAAUUAAUAUCCAGGGUCUAUUACUUUUUUUUAUUAAAGACAAGCAAGUUAAAAUUGGUAUCAUUACAAAGAUAUUUUUAUAAAACAUGGAAUGUGUAUUAAUAUGAUCAAACAUUUCUAAUAAAGUGAACUUUUUUUUUUGGCAAUGAUCUGGAGUGAAACAUUUCAUAAAGGUUAUACUUAUGCAAAAAUUAAAAAAAAAAAUGAAACUGCAUAAUAUUGUGUUUGUGUAAAUUUCCAGCAUGGCAUAGCUAUAUUUGUAUCAUUCAAGUGUUGCAUUUAUUUUCGUAAAAGUGACCGUGGUGCUGGGGUAGACCGAGUCUCCCUGCAUAAUAUAUUUUAUUAAUAAUCCUCGCUCCUGAAAACAGGUUAUGCACAUAAAAAGACACUAACGUAACAUUCAUUGUUCCUAUAAGUUGACGCAGGACUAAAUAAUGUUUGAAGCAAUGCCAGAUGAAAGAAUCACCUUGGACCACUGAAUAUAUCAGGUCCUCCGUACCAUAAUGGUGCUCGAGUGUGGUGUAAAGUUCAUGACCUUAUUCAUUCAUCUGUGCUUAAUGUGUGUGUGUGAAGUGACCAGUAAAGAACGUAAAACAUGAAGAGCUGCAGUCCAUCAGUAUUGAAUAUAGUUUGUGGCAUUUACCGUGUGGACUUGUGCGAAGAGUUUGUUUGUGCAUGGUAGUAAACAAAUUUAAUGACGAGCAGUCCGCAAGAACAAAGAAUGUCUUGUCUUAAUCAUCUGUGAGUAUAAAUUGCAUUAUAGGACUCUGUAAUCUAAUCAGAUAUUUUUGUAGUUUAAAAAUGUGGGUCAAUGUUACCGGUAUUACUCGUAUAAAUUAAUUUUUCAUAUUUUUAAAUAACAAAGUGGAAUUAAUUGACAAGUGAUACUCGAUAUAUAAGAUGAUUUAAGGAAUUAUCUGUAUUUGUAAACCACUGGUAAAAGUAUUUGUACACACAGCAUUAAUAAUGCAUAAGUGUUAUACAUUAAUCACAGAGCAACAUUAGGGAUUGUCCCCCAAAAUACCCUUUUUUUUUGCAUUUAAUUUCCAGUUUGGUAUACAAAUUUGUGUUAUAAAAAUAGGAAGGCUGAUCAUAUUUCUGUGCUUUGAGGAGGGGACUAAUCAGUUUGACUGAUGUUGGGACCACUCGGAAUAAAAGUGUGGCUUCAGACUGUUUAUUGGUAAUACUGAAGACACGCUGUUAUCUGUCUGCACCAAUAUCUGUAAUGUGACGUACUCGACACUCGACAGAAUUUUACAACACUAAGAACUAUAGUAUAUGGCUUUAGAAUUUAAAUAUCCUUUAUUUUAUAUGUUAGAUGGUUGGUAAGCAUGUUUUGUUUCUAAACAAAUCACAGAAAAUCUGAACAAAUAUUUGAGUUUUUAUAUUUUUAUUUUAAAUACUACGUAACGUUUGCCUGAUUUUUGUGCGCUUGACAUGUCCCAGCAACUUGCAUUUCAUUAGAGUUUUGGAAAUCUGCUCUCAGAAUUUCUAUGUUUAAUCCUUGCUUUAAAAGGUUUAUUUCCCACAUUAAUUUGUUUCAUGUGUUCUUUUUGUUUGUCCCAAUUAAAUCUUUGUAUGCAUAAAGAUCAUAUAAUCUUAUAAUUAUUUUCAAAUGAUAACAUGAUUCGUACUUCCUUGUUUAAUUUGUAAUCCCUAGAAGAUGCCUGAGAUACCAUGUCCCAAAAUUGUAUAGAAACAUAAUUAUCAUUCCCUUGUCAUUUAUUAAGAUAUGGCAGUUCAAAAAUUAAUUUUUGAAUGGUAUUGGUGCAGACAUAGACUGUAUUGCAUAGAGAACAUUUAUAUGCCGGAAUUAUUUAUUCUUGAAUAAAAGUACAUAUUCACAGUUUCUGUUCUGAAAAAUCAUUUAAUAAUGUUCAUGGGAAGCAACUGUGAAAUUUCUUUUAUUAGUUAACAUGUUUAUUAAAUUCAUAAUAUAAUACCAAAAUACUUUGGAACAUGUACAUCCUGCCAUGUAAAAUGGGAUGAGAAUGUAUCGCACAUGAAACUGCCAUGAUCUUGCUAUUCAUUGAAAUAAUUUUAAUUUAUCUGUGAAAAGGAAAGAUGUUAUUUAUGGCUGUUGGAAAAAUGAAGAUAGAUAUAUCUAUAUAUAUAUAUAUUGCAUUGUUAUUUUUUUAACAUAGGCUUCAUGGCUGUUGUUAUUUGAGAACUAUCUCUGUUUUUGUUAUUAAUUGUGAUUCUGUGAAAGUUUCCUUUGAUGCAGUGAGCAAUCUUCAUAACUGUAUUAUAUUUGAUUAUGGAGAAUGAAGAAAGUUUCCUUCACUGUACCUGGCUAUGGAAAUGUAUUAUAACCAUUGCCCCCAGAGGAAAUAUUGCUAUACUGUGUAUCAUCACAUAACAUGAGAUAGUUCUGGAGGAUUUUACUUUCUUUGCCUUUAUCAGUAUUGUUGAGUCACAACAAUGUACUUAGUUUUUUUUUUAAUCUGGUAUGCUGGAGCUGAAGUGGGGAUAAACGUGUAUAUAAAUGUUAUUCAUUGUACAGGUAUGGACACAGCUGUGUCACAUCUGUUGCUGUAAAUGUUUCCUGAUGGUGCUUUGAGUGAUAAAAAAAAAAUGCAAAGCCCAUUUUUCUGUGCUGUAAUCCAAGUUUCAUACUAAUUUUUAAGUUGACAGUAAAAUCUGAAGAAAAAAAGUUGUAUUUUCCGAAUAUGUGAAUGGUGUUCACAUUUUAUUUUGCAUGCUUACGAGAAAACCAUCUAAAUUUUAUGCUAUGAAGAUCAUAUGUCUGUAACAUGCCCCCUUCCCAUCUUCUUUCUAAAAAUGUAAAGGAUAAAAUAUAUAAAACUAUAUUUUUUUUCUGUUA